AUGAGCGCUCGUCGAGUUCGCUUCGUAGAAAAUAUUUAGACUCGCGUGCGUACGCGUUCGAAAGAGUCGUUUUCGAAACGUGUUUGGAAAAGUGUUUGGGAGUUUGGAGUUUACAAAAAACAUAAAUAUAUAUAUAUAAAAAAGGAAUAUAGACUAAACUUUGGUGACCCCAGUGAAGCAUGUCCAGUGCCCAAGUGUCGCAACAGCCGCCUCCACCGCCGCUGACCGCCAGUAAUAACGCCUCAAUGCCGUCGCAAUUGCUACUCAGCCACAUCCAGCACCACAGCAGCAGUCUGCACCACCAGCCACGCAGCCACCAGCGAUCCUCACCACCUGCCCAGGACUACGAUCAGGGCAGCAAUCACUCGACCCUGUCGCCCAGAUCCCAGAUAACCGCCAGCCCGCCGGCAGCGAGUCCCACCCACUCGGCGGCCACCACAGGAUCACCACUUAGCGCCUACGCCCCGACCUUGAGUCCCGGUGGUGUUCAGGAUCACAGUCAAACGGAUAGCAGUCAGGGCUCUCAGAUGCCUCUGCUAGUUGCUCCUCUGCCAGUGGGUGCCGGUCCACCGCCGCCACCACAUCCACGGCUAUAUGUUGAGGGCUUCCCGCCACCACAUCAUGUGCCCCAUCCGCAUCCCGCCCUGGGCGCCUAUCCCCUGCCACGACUUCCGUUGAUGAUGCCGGGCGGUGCACCUGUCCCUGGAUCUGCACCACCACCACCACCAUCUGGAGCAGCUGCACCACCGCCCGGCUCACCACAACCCGCUGGUCAUCACCUGAGCCACAGUGGAGCCGGCUUGGCCACAACCACUCUCCUGCCACCCGCCCAAAGUCAGCCCAAGAAGUCCUUCUGCAUCGACGCCCUGUUGGCCAAGAGUCAGCACCAGACGGGCGAGCCGCAGCCCAUAAUUGUGGACGAUCGCCUGGCCGCUCUGCACUAUGCCCGGGAUCAGGCGGAACUCAACCACGCCUUCGUGACCGCCUCCAAUGCGGCGGCGGCUGCCCAAGCGGCUGUCUCGGCCGCCGGCGGGAUCAGCGAACAGGAGGCACUGCAGCGCAUCCGGGACUCCAGGGAGUACGAUUCACCCAGUCCCGACGGCAUGUCGAGAUCUGAGUCGCCAAGUUCGUCGCAUCGCUCUAGUCCGCCCAUCAGUCCCGGCUGUGAGGAUCAGCAGCCCCAUGGUGGAAUGCAUCCCCAGCACCUGUCCAUGCGCAUGUCCGACUUCCAUGACGAGUUCAAGAAGCCCAUUCCGCCGCACAGUCCCAUCAGACCCCAGGAUUUCCCACUCUACGCGGGCGGUCAUCCAUAUCAACUGCUGGCGCAGGGUGGCUCCGCUUUCCACAGACCUCUGGAUCCAUCCGGCAAACCCAUUCCUAUACCUAUGGGUCAUAACUUCAUGCCCUCACAGCUGCAAUUCGAGUUUCUGGCCCGCGCUGGAAUGCUGCACCACCGCAUCCCGGAACUGGCCGCCUAUCCGCAUCAUGCGAUCCUGGGCAAGACCCGGAGACCUCGAACCGCCUUCACGUCCCAGCAACUCCUGGAGCUGGAGAAGCAGUUCAAGCAGAACAAGUAUCUAAGUCGACCCAAGCGAUUCGAGGUGGCCAGCGGACUGAUGUUGUCCGAAACGCAGGUGAAGAUCUGGUUCCAGAACCGGCGGAUGAAGUGGAAGCGCUCCAAGAAGGCCCAACAGGAGGCCAAGGAGAGGGCCAAGGCCAACCAACAGCAGCAGCAGCAGACCCCCAGUGCAGCCAGUUAGGAGGAGCAGGAUUAAGGAGGAGCAACUGGAGGAGUGGUCUCCAGUCUAGUCAUGCCGCGAUCAAACCGCCGUCCCACCAUCAAAUCGAGACACCCUGUUUCCUUAGCCCCAGUUUCAUUUGCGCAAUCGGUUGAAAUCUUUUUUGGGUCUUUUCCACCUGAUUUCGAUUUGUUAUUAUUUUUAUUUUGUGACCCAACAACUGGGCACUGUGUGAUAUAUGUAAACAAGAAAUAUAAAUUAAAUUCAUUAGCCCCCCACCCCGGCCCCUAUAUGUACAUAAAUAUAAAUCUAAAUAGGAACACGCAAAUAAAUAACAAAAUACACAUAAAUCUAAACUAAAUGAGUAAUGCUUAAGUAAAUAAAUUACAUUAAAUGCGAUUAGUUUAGUUGGUAAUUCGUAAUUUGCUUGUGUAAUUUGUGUAAAUAAUUGUAAUUAUGUAAUUGUAGCAUUUAAUAUUAACAAAAUCAACAAAAGCCAUUGAAAUGCAACUACAACAAUGUAUGUAAAAUAUCGCAUUGCGAUUGAAUUAGUUAAUUGUAUGGAUUUUAUUUUCGAAAUCAAAAGUGAAAAAAAUAAAUGAUGAAAAACAUUAA